GCAACAUCAACCCUUAUCAAGUAUUCAAGGCAAACAGUCACUAUGUAUUCAAUACCCGCAAUGGCGACUGUCCUGGCACUGGGUGCCCAAACUACAUACGCACAGAACGUAUUAGCAACACAAUGUUACUACAAAAGUGACAACGAAAUAAAGACCUCUAGCGGCCACCCAUGUGGUGUUGUUGCUCCCAAUGGCAAUUUCUCCUCCUGCUGCGAAAUUGGCGAUACAUGCCUGGCAGACGGCCUCUGCCACUACACACGUCCCGAGCCACCUCCUCCCUCCGUCGUCUCUCGAUACUACAUGGGCGGCUGCACCGACGAGUCCUUCAACGCACCGGCCUGCAAUCCCGCCUGUACAGACCUCGACCCCUCAGACGUCGUCUACAACCAAACGACCAGUAACUGGCACUGCUGCGGGCAAACAAACGGUACAAUCCAUUGCGAUGAUCCAACUACAGAGAGUUUCCAGGCCCCAGCGCCAAGUGCGCUCGUUGCAACAUACAUGGUACCAAGUGUGGUGCAGACGGCAGCGAGCUCGACGAGCGCAAGCACUAGCACGAGUACUAGCACGAGUACCAGCAUGAGUACUAGCAUGAUUCAGGGCUCAGCAGAGUCACACAAGCCGGAAUCGGUAUCGGAGUUACCAUCGCCGGUGUCGCCAUCCUAGGGUUGCUUGGAUUGUUCUUCCUCCGCCGAAGAUGCCAACAAAGAGCCACAUGUCAACAUCUAGGCUCAAAAGAAGGCCCUUUCGCGGGAUACCAUAGUGGCGGAAGAUAUGGACACCACACAAGUCUAGGUGGAGACACGGAUAGGCCGCAGACGCCGAACCCGGUUAUGCAGCCGCAGGAGAUGAUGGCGGAUGGGAACUUGUCGAGUUUGGAGGUGCA